AGCACCAUCACGAAAGUACUGUCAGAAGCUCACUCAUUUGACUCGGCGUCAUCGUGCAUUCAAAUCUAGCUGAUGCGGAACCCUCACCAGAACAAGGGGUCACCCCUGCCGGAAGUUUUGGAAAGAAAGAUAACCGUGAUGAGAAGUCGUAUGAUAUCCUAAGUGCGUCGAGUGAUGGUGUCGUGUCCAACCUCAAAGGCAACCCUUUUUCUGUUUCAGUCCACAACCUGCUUUUUGCCUGUGAUCACGGCACAGAGUGAUGUCAAAAUGAAGCUUGAGUAUGCAAAUAUGAUUCAGCAUGAUGCACGUCUUAUCCUUGGGCUGCUCGAGACUUGCUGGGAAGGAUUUUCCUCAUCCAAGCUCGGACUCUGCUCCGAGCCCCCAUUGAACUUCAGGAAUGCGUAAGGAAAAGGCGACUCACGGACUACAAUGAUAGGACCAAAUCUGCGUCCCCGCCUGAUGCUGCCUACCUUCCCUUGGAGUUCUCGAUCACCAUUUCCUCCUUGAUUCCAUCUUUAGCAUAGCCGUGAGAGUUUCCCCGAUUUCCGCGGAAUCUGGUAUGGAGCAUUGCGCCUGUGACCGUCUCAAAUGGUUCAAUGGGCUUUUGGGAGGACUAAACCUGUCGGGAGAGCAGUAAAGCUCCGCGCUGUGCGCGCCCGAGCUCCCGGGUU